UAUGGCGGCGCCCGAUGAAACUUUAAACUGUGAGGACUUUUCCUUGUUUCAGGAAAUGCUGAAAGCAAUGCGAACUAUAGACGACCGCAUUGUCCAUGCUCUGAACACUACCGUGCCCACAGCUUCAUUCUCAGGAAAAGUAGAUGCUACGCAAACGUGCAAACAACUCUAUGAAUCUUUGAUCGAGGCCCAUCAGAGCAGAGACAAAGCUAUCAAGGCUUGUAUAGCUCAGAAAUCUGAGUUGGUGGGACAGCUGCGGGAAGAACGAGCGAAAGACGCUGGCAACCUGAAACUAAUCAAAAAGCUCAGAAACGAGCAGACCAACUUGAAGCUAAUGCGAUCAGAGCUGAACGUUGAAGAAGUCGUCAACGAUAGAAGUCUGAAGGUGUUUUUCGAAAGGUGUAGAAUUCACUACAUCCCUCCGAAGUCUAAGUAAGACGUUUGAAGAAAUAAGUUGCUUCUUUCGAAGUUCUGAUC